AUGCCUGCCAUCGACACUCGCGUCAUCCGCCAGGAGCUGGGAGAGCACCUCAACUAUUUCGUGGCAAGAUCAGUAGAUCAUCGUGUCCUAGAAACACUUGCAGUCGUCUUCACAAUCGUCUUUGGUGUGGGCGGCUAUAUGUACUACGCCAUCAAGGUCCAGAGCAAAUAG